AUGUUGCUUUUCCAGCCCUUGUUAGCGAUCACAAUAUCUGUGAUCGGCUGCCUUGCCGCUGAUCAAGAUAUUCUUACCAUUUUGAGGCAGCAAAAUGGCAUCUCGACAUUUACUGGAUUCCUGGAGCAAUUGCCAGAUGUAGUGGAAAUCUUGAACGGAGGUAUAUUUAGUGUCCUGAUUCCGAACGACGAUGCUUUCAGCGCUCUUGACAAGGAUUUCCCGGAGGAUGACGAAGAACUCCUGGCUCUGAUACAAUACCAUAUCGCAAACGGGACACAUCCCUCGGCAACAUUCGGCCUUGAACCACUAUUUGUGCCCACCCUCCUGUCGAAUUCGAACUACACCAAUGUAACUGGUGGGCAAGUGGUUGAGAUGGCCAAGUUCAAUGAUACCCCUACCAUACUUACCGGAAUCAAGGCUGAAUCGCGGGUCGUCGAGGCUGAUAUCUUUUUCAUUGGCGGGCUUAUCCAUAUCGUGGAUUCCGUCUUUACGAUUCCGAUAUCCCUCCCCGCGACAAUCACGAAAGCAGGACUGAACAACCUGGUAGCACUGCUCAACAAGGGUGGCUUUCUAAACCCCAGUUCUCCAGCCGCGUCGAUCGUCAACAGCCUCUCAGAUCUGACAGUAUUCGGCCCCGACGAUCCUCGAUUUGGACCAACAUUUGAAGGAUGGGAUGGAUUGUCAGAAGCCGACCUCCUCUCAAUCUUCCAGUACAGUAUUGCGCAGGGAGAAGUCUACUACUCGUCAAAAUUCAAGAACGAUACCAAGAUCAUGACCUUGAAUCAGACGCCCCUAACGAUGACGGAAUCAGCCAACGACGUUUUUGUUGAUGCUGCACAAAUUACCACGAGGGAUUAUAUUGUCUCGAACGGAGUGCUCCAAAUCAUCAACAGCCCUCUCGAUCCAAAUAAUACCAACGCUAGACCUGUUAUUACGCCCGAGAAUUCUUCUGGAUCAGGCUCGAAAGGUCUCAGUGCGGCCGCAGGAGCCGGGAUUGGGAUUGCAAUUGGUGCAAUACUUCUUGGGGGCGCCUUGACCAUCGCACUCUACAUACGGAACAAACGUCGAAGACGAACACGAGGCCCACAAGGGAUUCGGGGAGUUCACGACAGACUCGAUGGCGAGUCACAGGAAGUAAUUGACCCUCCUCCAACCUAUGAACUCGACACAAAAUCGAUAAGAGGAGGAAGGACCGUGGCAGCUACGACCCAUCAUGUGAUUGAAGUGCACCAUCCUCCUAAACCGCCGUCUCCAUUGGAGAUCGAUGGUACGGAGCGAAGCCGCAUUAGCAUCACUAUCACGGGAAGUCCCCCUCGACAUCUUGGUUUCCAGGCCCGAUACGACUAG